GAGGGGGCCGGGGCAGCUCGGCCGGGAACGUUUCGAUCGGGUUCGUCUCGUUCGUCGGUUCGCCAACUCGAGGGGGGGGGAGGUCCGGACAGAACAUGGCAAAGUGCGGAAAGAUUUGCAAACGCUGGACCGACGCGGUUGUCCGCCUUUGUUCGCGUAGCAUGGGAAGCUAGUUAGCAUGCUAAUUAGCAUGCUAGUCAGCUGCUAGCACGUUUUAUUUUUAUUAUUAUUAUUUUUUUUAAUCACUCAUUUUACAAGAUUACAAGUGUUUUGAAUUUAACGACUUUCAAAGACUUAAGUGCGGUGGUGGGAAGUAACCGGCAUAAAAUUUUGUACUUCGGAACUACCAUAAAAAUUAUUCACAGUCGUAUUUCUUUUUUUUUUCUUUUUUUUUUUUUUAAAACGACGUUUUACUUGCUUUGGCUACAUUUGGCAGCUCAUCUGUAUUUUCUCCUCCUGUAUUUGUUCAGAUAGGCCCAGUUACUUUAUCAACUCAUACAAUAAUUAGAACCCUGGUUAGAAACUCAAAUUUUAAAAGUAAACUGACUUGAAACUUGAAUAAUUUUGACAGCUGCACAUGUUAGACAUGUAAUUGAUUAGGAAAUGAAGUAAUUUUGGAGAAAGCCCAAAUGUAAAGAAUUGAACCCUCCACAAGAGUACAUAUUUUCAAUUUCUCGUCUUCCAUGAAAGGAUCAAUCAAAAGCUUUUAUAGUGAUUAUGUAUCUGUGCAUCCGACAAGAUGAUGAGAAAAGCAAGAUAAAUACAAUCGAAUAAAAAUUCUCAGAUGAAAUAUUUACAAUCAAGGCACCAUGAUUGCUAAAAAGAACUAAAAAAAAAAAAAAUGUCUACAGUCUUCUUGGCCAUAUUCUUGCACUGUGGCCAUGGGGCGGAACCAGCCCCUCAGGCGCGAGCGACCCAAAUGGAAAAGCGACUACCCCAUGACGGAGGGCCAGCUGCGCAGCAAGCGCGACGAGUUCUGGGACACGGCGCCGGCGUUCGAGGGCCGCGAGGAGAUCUGGGACGCGCUGAGGGCGGCCGCCGGGGCCUUCGAGAGCCGCGACCACCCGUUGGCCCAGGCCAUCCUGGACGGCGCCAGCAUCACGCUGCCUCACGGCGCGCUGAGCGAAUGCUACGACGAGCUGGGCAACCGCUACCAGCUGCCGGUCUACUGCCUGGCGCCGCCCGUCAACAUGAUCGAGGAACGCUCCGACGAGCCCGACGGCUCGGACCGGGACUCGUGCAGCGGCACUGACGCGACCGAGGGCGACGGCGGCGAGCGGCAGCUGCGUCUGCGCCUCUCCACUGGCCGCGACCUGCGCCUGCGGGCGCGCUCGUCCGACACGGUCGGCGCCAUGAAGCGGCGCCUCCACGGCCAGGAGGGCGUGCCCGCCGCCGCCCAGCGCUGGUUCUUCUCGGGACGCCCGCUCGCCGACCGGCUGCGGCUGGAGCAGAUGAACGUCUCGCGGGAUUACGUGGUCCAGGUCAUCAUCAGCCAACCCCCUGAAACGCGGCCGGAACCCGCGCCCGUCGACGCUUAAGAAAAGCCACGAAGGGGGCGACGUGUUGUUUCGGUGGCCGCUACGGAAUCCGCAACAACAACAAAAACAAAUGCUUUCGGUUGCCGUGACGACGCGCUUGCGGCUAGCUCCUCAUGCUAACGUCGAGGACAAACCAAAAAAGAUGCUGGAUUAGCAUCACAACGUAAUCGUGCUUUUGUGUGUGUGUGUGUGUGUGUGUGUGUGAGUAGUCCACAUGCCGGAAGUGGAAAAUUGAUCGCGACAUAUUUUGAUUUGAGAAUCCAUUUUUUAAAUUAAAAACAAGCUUCCUUUG